AAGCUCUACCUAGGAGUAGAUAUUUCGCCGCCCCAAACCCUACACAGCCACCGCCACGCGCAACGCCGCCCUCCAGCAACCGCCGGCCGGAAGAUCCUCUUCGGUUCUCUCCUUGUCCACAACCACCAUCAAUUCUGUUACUAGAGAACACCAAAAGGUCAAAACCCUAGCCGCCUCCCUAGAACUCUCGCAGCACCAUGUCGACAUCCACUAGCGGCGGCGGAUCGCUCUCGCCCCAGGCGGCUGCAGCGCUCCAGGAGGGCAUCGGGCUGGUGUUCGGGCGGUGGACGGCGCUGCAGAUGGCUGUGGAGAACAAGUGGGGCGGCCCCGACUCCCGCGCCAAGGCCGACCAGCUCGCCGCGUCCAUCCUCUCUUUGGGUUCAGAAUUUCACAACUCCAAAGUAUUGGACGAAACAAUUCAAUUAGGCCCAUAUUAUUAUGAGGACUUGGAGGAUAUGAUGUUUGACAACAUAUAUAAAUCCCUCAAUUCUAACUUUGCGGAUGGUAGCAUUGGGGAGGUUGCUGAACAAUUUUUGAUAAUGCAUGAAGAAUGCCUGGAAAACAACUUUUCAUCGAUUGAGAAAUUAAGGAAUACAUGGCCUCAAGGAAAUGCUGUUUCCCAAAGUAGACAGAUGGUACCCGAGGAUGAUGAUGAUGAUAGCUCGGAUGAUGGUGAUGAGCCAUCAAUGGGGAAAGAUGAAGCAGCUAGAUCAGAUGAUAUGGUGAUAGAUCAGCCAAAACCUUCCAAGCCUACCCCUGAUGCUGAUGGGUGGACUGUUGUGCCUCCUAGGCGUGGCCGAGGCAAGAAUUAAGCGCAGAAGCAAACCUUGGCAAGACAGCUCCCAGUUAGAGGCCGUUUUCUGUCUGAAGGUUUUAAUAUGUGAUUAGCAAAACCUUGGCGCAACUCCUACUUGUGCCGUUUUCGUCUAAAGGUUUGGAUUUUAUCAGGAAUGAUGUUUGUGUUAGCAUGUUAUCUUUUUCACUCUUGUUCGACAUGGCAACGAAAUACUCUAGUUGUAAACUAGGUAAAAAGUAUCUUUUAUGAGGUAUGCACACUUGAACUGAUGAUUAUCUUUGCCCUUGUA